AGCAGCAUCUCGCGCUCAUUCUUUUUCUGUUUCUCACUCUAGACUCAUACUCAGACUCACUCAGUCUCUCUCACACAUACAGACACUGAUGCUUAAAUAGAGAUUCGUCCAGAACUUCUUCUCAACUGUGUGUGUAGUAGAGAAAUGGCGAGUGUGAAUAAUAAUAACACUUCGUCCAGAACCCAACCGACGCAGUGUUAUUCGUUGGGAUCAGUUUGGUGCUCGGAAUCGCUUGCAGGCAUUUACUGCGUGGGACUAGGGUUCCUUACACUGUCGCCUUGCUCAUCCUCGGCAUUGCUCUCGGUUCCAUCGAAUAUGGGACGCACCAUCGAUUGGGAAAGAUUGGGGAUGGAAUUCGACUUUGGGCAAAUAUUGAUCCUGACAUUCUAUUGGCGGUGUUUCUUCCUGCACUUCUUUUUGAGAGUUCAUUUUCAAUGGAGGUGCACCAAAUAAAGAGAUGCAUAGUACAAAUGAUUUUACUUGCUGGUCCCGGUGUUCUGAUUUCGACCUGCUGUCUUGGAGUUGCUUUAAAGUUCACUUUCCCAUAUGACUGGAGUUGGAAAACAUCGUUGUUGCUCGGGGGACUUCUGAGUGCUACAGAUCCCGUGGCCGUUGUUGCUAUGUUGAAAGAGCUUGGUGCGAGUAAAAAACUAAGUACAAUAAUUGAAGGGGAGUCCUUGAUGAAUGACGGGACAGCAAUAGUGGUUUAUCAGUUAUUCUAUCGAAUGGUCCUUGGACAGAGCUUUAGCUGGGCUGCCAUCAUCAAAUUUCUCAUGCGAGUCUCGCUUGGGGCGUAUGUAUCACUUUUUUUUGUUGCAAUGCAGACAAAAUUAUUCUGGUUAUAUGACUCUUUGCUGGUCCAGGGUAGGCAUUGGUCUUGCUUUUGGAAUAGUCUCUGUUUUGUGGCUUGGGUUUAUUUUUAAUGACACGGUGAUAGAGAUCACACUGACACUUGCUGUGAGCUACAUUGCUUACUUCACUGCUCAAGAGGGGGUUGAUGUCUCUGGUGUUUUGACAGUGAUGACUCUAGGAAUGUUUUAUGCUGCAGUUGCGAAGACCGCUUUUAAGGGUGAUGGUCAACAAAGCUUACAUCAUUUUUGGGAAAUGGUUGCUUAUAUUGCUAAUACAUUAAUUUUCAUCUUGAGCGGUGUUGUUAUAGCUGAAGGCAUUCUCAGUGGUGACAAUAUUUUUGAAAAUGGAUAUUCGUGGGCAUAUCUUAUUCUCCUCUAUGUUUAUGUGCAAGUUUCCCGGUUCAUCGUUGUUGGAGUUUUGUAUCCCUUUCUAAAGUAUUUUGGUUAUGGUUUGGAUUGGAAAGAAGCUACUAUUCUCAUAUGGUCAGGCUUGCGAGGGGCUGUUGCAUUGGCACUUUCCCUUUCAGUUAAGCAAUCUAGUGACACCUUGCCCGCAAUCAGUCCCAAAAACGGAACUCUGUUUGUUUUCUUCACUGGUGGAAUUGUAUUCUUGACGCUUAUUGUGAAUGGUUCAACAACACAGUUCGUUUUACAUCUUUUGAAUAUGGAUAAGCUAUCAACUGCAAAGAGGCGCGUACUGGACUACACAAAGCAUGAAAUGUUGAACAAAGCAUUAGAGGCUUUUGGUGAUCUUGGAGAGGAUGAGGAACUUGGACCUGUUGACUGGCCUACUGUGAAAAGAUAUAUCACGUGCUUAAAUAAUUUGGAAGGGGAACGUGUGCACCCUCAUAAUACACCUGAAGAUAAUAAUAAUUUGGAUGUGAUGAAUUUGGAAGAUAUACGCAUACGCCUUCUGAAUGGUGUCCAAGCUGCGUACUGGGGAAUGCUUGAUGAAGGUAGGAUUACACAAAAUACUGCAAAUAUAUUGAUGCAGUCAGUGGAUGAAGCACUUGACUUGGUUUCAGAUGAGCCUUUAUGUGAUUGGAAAGGUUUAAAGGCUAAUGUUCAUUUCCCAAGCUAUUACAAGUUGCUUCAAACGAGAAUUAUCCCGCAAAAGUUGGUUAUGUAUUUCACUGUGGAAAGGUUGGAAUUCCAAUGUUACAUUUGUGCUGCAUUUCUUCGUGCCCAUAGAAUCGCACGACGGCAACUGCAUGACUUUAUAGGUGACAGUGAUAUUGCUUCUACUGUUGUCAAUGAAAGUGAGGUAGAAGGAGAAGAAGCAAAAAUGUUUUUGGAAGGGGUUCGUGUAACUUUUCCGCAGGUUUUACGGGUUGUGAAGACAAGACAAGUAACAUAUUCAGUGUUGAACCAUUUAAUUGAUUAUGUCCAAAAUCUUGAGAAGAUUGGCUUGUUGGAAGAAAAAGAGAUGCUACAUCUUCAUGAUGCUGUCCAGACUGACUUGAAAAAGCUUUUAAGGAACCCUCCUUUAGUUAAGAUCCCCAAAAUAAGUGAUUUGAUCAGUUUCCAUCCUUUAUUUGGGGCCAUUCCUUCUUUGAUCCAUGCGCCACUUGAAGGGUCUACCAGGGAAACAAUGAAGCUGCGUGGUGUGACACUUUACAAGGAAGGCUCCAAGCCAAAUGGUAUUUGGCUCAUUUCCAAUGGGGUGGUCAAGUGGACGAGUAAGAGCAUAAAAAACAAGCAUGCGCUGCAUCCAACUUUUACACAUGGGAGUACUUUGGGCCUAUAUGAAGUGCUAAGUGGAAAGCCUAACAUUUGUGACAUGAUCACAGAUUCUGUGGUCCUCUGUUUUUUCAUUGAAAGUGAGAAAAUACUUUCAGUUCUCAGCUCAGAUUCCUCUGUAGAAGACUUUCUGUGGCAGGAAAGUGCUAUUGUACUUGUCAAAGUCUUGCUUCCCCGGAUAUUUGAGAAAAUGGAAAUGCAAGAUUUAAGGGCUCUUGUUGCAGAAAGAUCAAUAAUGAAGCUAUACCUUAGGGGAGAAACUAUAGACAUUCCUCACCAUUCCAUUGGCCUUUUAUUAGAAGGAUUUAUCAAAACCCAAGGUGUUGAAGAACUGAUUACAUCACCUGCAGCUCUGUUGCCUGCGCAUGGGAGUCUAAGCUUCCAAAAUCUGGAAACAUCAGGAGUCAGUUUUUCUCAUCAAGGAUCCUCAUAUCAAGUUGAAACAAGAGCAAGAGUAAUCAUUUUUGACAUGUCUGCAUUGGAAGCUGACAAUGCUCUCCAACAAAGAUCAUCCUCGGUACCCCAUUCAGCUGAUCAUUCUCAUAGAACCCUUAGUAGAGAGCUUGGACUGAUGAGUUGGCCAGAAAACUUGAACAAGCGAAUGCGACAUAAGCAGAACCCUGAUGGGAUUGACAGACAAGCUAACAGCUUGUCUGCGAAGGCAAUGCAGCUAAGCAUCUUUGGCAGCAUGGUGGAUAUCCGAGGGCGUACUCGAAGUCUUCCAAGAAGUAGUCUCAUGAAUCCAUCACAUAUUCAGUCAUCUCCAACAGUUACUUCAUAUCACGGCCAGCACCUUGUUUCUGUCCAAUCAGAAGGAUCUGCUACUAUGAGGAAGAACCUUGAAGUGAGAAAGACCACAGGAAAUAUUACGCCAACCCUGCUUCAAAUUAAUUACCCAAGAGAGAGUCGUGUUGUGGAUGACCCCAGUGAUGAAUCCGGAGCUGAGGAUGAGAUUAUAGUUAGAAUUGAUUCACCAAGUAGGCUUUCGUUUCGCCAGAGUUCUUGAAAGCCUACAUUUUUUUUUUUUUAAAAAAUGGUUGUAUUUCAUUUGUUGUAGCAGUUGCAGUUGCCUGUUGCUUGUCAGAGCUUUGUAUUUUAAUAAGCGCACAUGUAAUAUAUAUAAUCUAGCCUAAAGGCCUUCUCCUAGAUGAAAUUGAUGACUUGAUCUGCAUUAUAAUAGCUGAAUUAAAUUUUAAUUAA